AUGAGAAUUUCGGUAUCAUCUCUCCUAGCAUUAUUUGCUCUAACUUCUACAGCUUUUGCUGAGGGAUCUCCAAAUAGGAAAUUCACUACUUCCUCUAUAGAUUUGAAAAGAAAAUUAGAGCCAAGUCCACCAGUUACUCAUAAUGUUUACUUAACAUUUAAAUAUUAUAGUCCAGUUUUGGAAAGAGAAGUAGAACAAGAUGUUACAGUCAAUUUAUAUGCUACAGUUGUUCCAAAAACUGUUGAAAACUUUAUUCAAUUAUCUAGAAAUGUUAAAGCCAAGAUCCAAGGCAGAGGUGAAGAAGUUUUUACAAUCGGAUACCCAAACUCUGACAUUUUAAAUAUUGCGCUAAAUAACAUGAUCUUGUUUGGUGAUGUUGUACCAGAUGUUGGUCCAUUCUCCAUUCAUGGUCCAAAAUGGGCAGAUGAAAAUUUCUUUUUAAACCACGAUAGACCAGGUAGAUUAUCAAUGUAUAAUACGGGUCCUAAUACUCAAAAUUCUAAAUUUAUGAUCGAUUUGGGUCUAGAAGGUAACUCUGAAAGAGAUAAUGCAAAUGUUGUCUUUGGUCAAAUAGUUGAUGGUUUAGAAAAAAUCAUUGAUGAUAUGCAAUAUAUGGAAGUUGAUGACAAGGGUAAGCCAUCCAAAAAAGCUAUUAUUGAAUACGCCACUGUUGAAGAUCAAAAGCAUGGUAACCUAGAGAAUGACCAUGCCACUUAUAUUAAAAGAUUACAAGACUUCAGAGAUGGUAAGGUGGAAGUUGGUACUAGCAUGGGUGAUAUCUUAAAAGAAAAGAUAAACGCUGCUAAGCAAGGUUCAACAAAGACUAAAAAGCUUUCCUCGAAAUCAAAUCUAACAGGUGACGACAAAAAUAAUUUGUUUUACCUCUUGGGUGCCAUUGGUAUCAUCUAUUUGGCUGUAGCAAAGGUUAAAAAGUUACCUCCAUUUAAGAAUUCGAAAGUUGUAUCAAUGAGACGUGAUUGA